UUCUCACUUGACUCCUAAAGGAGACCAGAGUCUUCUUCUUCUACUUCUCUUCCAUGAACAAGCUCUGAAGCUCUAAUGGAACCCAGUAACACCAAAGAAGGAAAGCAGCAGCAGCAGCUGCUGCAGCAACAGAAGAAGAAGAAAUGGUUCCUUUUGUUAGUACUCUCUCUUUUAUUCUCUACUCUCCUCAUUCUCAUCUCCAUCACCACUACCUCCUCUUCCGUCCCUUCCCAGUACUUCUAUAUCUCCAGAGCCAAGAAGCGCCACCAGAAUCAGAUAAUCCCUCAUUUCGUUGAGUCUAAGCUACACAUUUCUCCAACUCUGCGCGACCCAGUUCCUCGCCUGGCUUACUUGAUUUCGGGAUCAGUCGGGGAUGGGGAUAGCAUUAGGAGGGUAUUGAAGGCGCUGUACCAUCCGCGGAAUCAGUAUGUGGUGCACCUUGACUUGGAGGCCUCAGCGGAGGAGAGGCUGGAACUGUCAAGGUGGGUUUCUAGCGAGCCGAUGUUCGUGAAGGUCAGGAAUGUGAGGAUGGUUGUGAGAGCCAAUUUGGUCACAUACAGAGGGCCUACGAUGGUCACCAAUACACUUCAUGCUGCGGCGAUUUUGUUGAGGGAAGGUGGGGAAUGGGAUUGGUUCAUCAAUCUGAGUGCCUCAGAUUAUCCAUUGGUGACUCAAGAUGAUUUGCUUCAUACGUUGGCGACUGUUCCCAGAAACCUUAAUUUUAUUGAGCAUACCAGUGACAUUGGCUGGAAGGAGCAUCAGAGAGCCAAGCCUGUUAUCAUUGACCCGGGGUUGUAUAGCCUGCACAAAUCAGAUGUGUUCUGGAUCUCAGAGAAAAGAAGUGUGCCUAGUGCCUAUAAGCUGUUUACAGGUUCUGCUUGGAUGAUGCUCACUCGCCCAUUCAUCGAAUAUUGUUUAUGGGGUUGGGACAAUCUUCCAAGGAUUGUCCUUAUGUAUUAUGCCAACUUUCUUUCUUCUCCGGAAGGGUAUUUCCACACAGUCCUCUGCAAUGCUGAGGAGUUCCGAAACACAACAGUAAACCAUGACCUUCAUUUCAUAUCUUGGGACAACCCUCCGAAACAACACCCGCACUUUCUUACCGCUAAUGACUACCAAAGGAUGAUUGACAGCAAUGCACCUUUCGCUAGGAAAUUUGGCAGGAAUGAGCCGGUUCUUGACAAGAUUGAUUCUGAGAUUUUAGGUCGUGAUGCUGAUGGAUUUGUGCCGGGUGGAUGGUUGAGUGGUGAAGGGAGUUUGAACGUAACUGGCCCUAAUUAUAUCAUAAGGAACACCACUGUACUUAGACCAGGUCCUGGUGCUGAAAGACUUGAACAUCUCAUUAAAGGUUUAGUUUCAGCAGAAGAUUUUCAUGCAAAGCACUGUAUCUGACACCAGAGGCCCAGUGAUUUGAUUCUACUGCGUUGGUGGGAACUCCAUGUUGUUCAAGUGAAUGAUGGAUACAAUCGAUUCUCCAUUCACCCAAUAACACGGUGCUACGAGGGCUGCUAAUGGCACAAGUAACACUGUGCUACGAAGUUAAUUACUAAGAGGGGAGCGGAAACUACUUCCCGUCCAGAGUUGAUGCUAUACCUAUACCUGUUUACCCUCGACACAGUAUUUUUGUAGUUCAGUAGCUGAUGAUGUAGCUUGUGCUUUGAUUUGUUGACAUAGUAUGUUAAAUAUCAACAGAGCUUGCUUGAUUGAUUAUUUGAUGUGCUCUGCAGUCUGCAUUGUAUACCUUAAUAAAAGAGGAAGACUGAUAUAGCCUGUCAGAUUCUAUUAGUGCAUUGUACGCUCAGGAAGUUGAGUUGGUGUUAAGAGCGACUCCUGUACACUCCCUUUGAAACCUCAUUGAGCCGGUAUUAUUGAUUCUGUGAAGUUGACAUAUUUCUUGAAGAAAGCUACAUGAAA